UCAUUUUGCAAAUUCAUCAAAUUCAUCAAACCUUUACAAUCAGAUUUCGGAAAAACCCUAAAUGAUCAACGGAGAAGAUGAAGAAGGGAAGUUUCUCGAUCGUCCGUCAGGUUUUCCAGCGCCGUUUCUCCACACUCCGAUCGUCGCGACCCUCCGCGUUGUCCAGUUCCGCCCGAUCGCUUAUCGUGUCCCCAAGCUCAACGCCGUCGCAGAUCCCUAGAAACUCGUUGUUACCUGCCUCCACCUUCGUCUCGUCCAUCGAAUCUAACUUCUCCACCACUUGUUUUCUUCCCAGCACGAGAAGCCUCUGUUCAUCAGCUGGAGGUGGAAAUGGUGUUGUUGUAGUGAAGUCAGAAGAAGAGUUCAUCAAUGCUAUGAGCAAAGCUGAAGGUGGAUCUUCACCGUCGAUCUUCUACUUCACUGCCGUCUGGUGUGGACCAUGUAUGUUGUUGUUGUUUUUUUUUGGGUUAUGUAUAGAUGUUUUCAUUGCGAGUGGGUUUAUGAGUUGGUUGACUUCAGGCAGGUUUAUUGCUCCUGUGAUAGAGGAGCUUAGUAAACAGUAUCCUGAUGUAACAACCUAUAAGAUCGACAUUGAUGAGGGUGGACUUUCAAACACUCUCAGCAAGCUGAGUAUCACGGCUGUGCCAACACUGCAGUUCUUUAAAGAAGGCUCGAAAAAGGGUGAGAUUGUGGGGGCAGAUGUUGCGAAGCUGAAGAAUCUCAUGGAACAGCUCUACAAGUGAAUUUCAAUAGUUGCACAACUUGGAACGUGCAAGAGUGUAGUUUAAGAAACUAUCCCUGUCCAAUAAAAUCAGGGGCUAAGUAUUUGGUUCUUCUUUGUUUCACAAUUUGCCCAGUGUUGGGGUGAUAUUGUUUUGUUGAGAGCCCCGUGUGUGGUCUUCUCCAGAUAUGAGUAGAUUGAAUCAUAUGAUUUAAUUAGAGAAUUGAAAUGGGAAUCUCUUGAAAUA